GUCAAAGCAUAAACAAGCUUUGGGCCAGAGGUGGCUUCCUUCAAAUAGGCUGGCUCACUGGGGUGAAAUUCAUUCUGCAACAGGCGGAGAGAGGAACCAAGGCAGGAUGAAGAAAUUACUUCUGCUUGUAUUCUUUCUUACCUUGACUUUCUUCUCAGGGGCCUCCCCAAUUCUGACUGAAAAGCAGGCCAAACAGCUCCUGAGAUCCCGGCGCCAGGACAGCCCAAGCAAACCCGGGUUCCCUGAUGAGCCCAUGCGGGAGUACAUGAACCACCUGCUCCGCCUGGAGCACCGCGCCGAGGAGCAGUUCAUGGAGCACUGGCUGAACCCUCACUGCAAGCCCCACUGUGACAGGAACCUGGUCCAUCCCGUGUAAGGGGCUUGGGACCAGCCUCUGCAAGCACCUUGAUAAUCAACCACCUGGAUAAUGUCAAAACAGGAUGAGGCUCCUUCUUUCAUUUACUUUUCAGCUGCGGAAAUGGAUAUCUUCAGACCUUGUGAACUGUGGCCAUGGCAAAGGUUGCCUUGGGGAUUGGUGGCAAAUGCAUAUGCUGCUUCAUUUUACUAACCUGCAUAACUCAUUGAAACCAAAAGCUUCAAGUAUAGACACCCCCCCGCCCCCUUCAAAUAGCCUCCCUACCAGUUUGGAAGGAUGGGCAGAAUGAGACUCUUGCCUGGAGCUGAUGGAGCUGGUCCUCCAGAGCUUGGAAGCAGGCUGCUUGCUCUAAGCACUGCGGGAAGUCCUGGUCAGCAUUGUGCAGUACCACUUAGGGCUGCAGAGGUUUGGGGACACCUAUUUUUCCCUCCCCUUUUCUGCUCUAAUAAACACAGGUGUUAAACCUGC